CGUUUAAAGUCACGUCAAAAAUUGCUGGGCUCAGACAGAACAUUUGAACUCUUGAUUAAAAUGUUGACAGGAAGAUUUGACGUUUUGGAAAAUGCUAAAAAGACAUAAAAUAUGGACAAAAUGAGAAAUUUAAUUAAAGUCUCAUUGGUAAUUCUAUUCUUUCUCCCGUUUGUGAUACACUGUGAUGAACAAGGGUGCUACAAUGGUACAUGCAAGUCGGAAUACGUUCCCCAUGGACCUUUGGUUCACUGUAAAUACUUACCUAUGGAAUUCCUUAACUGUUCUGAGCCUCUUGAUUUGAAUGGAAAUGAUACCAGACAGAAAGAGCUUGGGCAUGGAUGUUUAAAGUAUGGAGGUCAGAGACAUGAGGAUAUUGAGUAUACAGGAGUGGUGUGUUCAGUUCUACAGGGAAUUGAUUGUUAUGGAAACAGAACCUUCAUAAAAGAGGGCUUUCCAUGCAUCAAAUAUAAUGGACACUAUUUUGUGACCACCCUCAUCUAUUCAGUGCUGCUGGGAUUUCUGGGUAUGGACCGAUUCUGCCUGGGACACACAGGCACAGCGGUGGGUAAACUACUGACCCUGGGAGGAGUGGGGAUCUGGUGGAUUGUGGACAUAGUCCUCCUGGUCAAUGGGAUGUUGACCCCCGAUGACGGCAGUAACUGGGUCCCUUAUUACUGAGUUGUCAAUUAAUUAUAAAGCAUGAUCUCAUUUGUACCAGCACAUUGUAAAUAUUCAUAUAAAUAAUGCAGUAUAUUUUUU